UUUCUUAAUCCUUCAAGGCCCCCACUGCAUCCCGACGCAAAUUCUUCCCUGCUACAGUCUCCUAAUUCCUAUUCACGCGUUUUCACUUUCGGAUGCCCAAUCGAUCUUCUUCAUUUACUAUAUAAUUAAUUUCAUUAAUUAAUCGAGGUGUCAAUUUUGAAACUUCUCUGAAAUCCGAACGACUUAUCAUCUUCCUGAAGGAAUUUGAAUAUCCUCUGUGUCUGUGGGCAAAUUGCUUUUUGAAUCUUUAUUGAUUUGUUCGGCAGAUUCGGUUGGCGUUCAUCGAUUGCUGUAUGAUUGAUGGUGAGAUCGAAGAGGAUGGCCAAAGACCUGAAGCAAUCAUUGCAUAAUUUGUUCAAUAAAAAUGAAGAGGUUGCAGUUAGUAGUAACGUUGAGGUGGGAAUAUUGAAGGAUUUUUACAUUCCUGAUUACAUACUUGUUCCCGAAUCAGAAAACAAAUUAGAAUUCGGCGUUCCUUCCUGUCCGGUGAUUCUAUUCAUCAAUUCGAGGAGUGGGGGGCAGCUGGGGGGAGAACUUUUGCUAACAUGCCGUAGUAUGCUCAACAAAAACCAGGUGUUCGAUCUUGGUGAAAUGACUCCGGACAAGGUGCUUCGACAGGUUUAUUUCAAUUUGGAGAAACACAAGCAGAAUGGAGACCACUUGGCUGUUGAAAUACAGAAAAGGCUACGGAUUGUAGUUGCCGGUGGGGAUGGAACAGCCGGAUGGCUUCUUGGUGUCGUCUCUGAUCUGAAACUAGCGCAGCCACCGCCAAUAGCUACUAUGCCUCUAGGAACUGGGAAUAAUCUCCCAUUUUCAUUCGGAUGGGGGAAGAAAAAUCCCGGCACGGACCAUCAAGCUGUUAAGGCAUUCUUGGAACGAGUACAUGAUGCGAAAGAGAUGAAAAUCGACAGCUGGCAUAUCCUCAUGCGGAUGAGGGCUCCCCAAGAAGGAAUAUGCGACCCUAUCGCACCUCUUGAUCUACCGCAUUCGUUGCACACUUUUCACCGUGUCUCCCAAACGGAUGAACUGAAUGAGGAGGGUUACCACACAUUUCGUGGAGGCUUUUGGAAUUAUUUUAGCAUGGGUAUGGAUGCCCAAGUUUCAUAUGCUUUUCACACAGAGAGAAAGCUGCAUCCGGAAAAAUUCAAGAAUCAAUUGGUUAAUCAGGCUACUUAUGCAAAGCUUAGCUGUAAGCAGGGAUGGUUUUGCACGCCGCUCACGCAUCAAUCUUCAAGAAAUAUAGCUCAACUAGCAAAGGUUAAGAUCAUGAAAAAGCCCGGUCAAUGGAUAGAUCUGCACAUACCUCAGAGCAUCCGGUCCAUUGUUUGCCUCAACUUGCCUAGCUUCUCGGGAGGUCUCAAUCCGUGGGGAAAACCGGGGAAGCAGAAGCUUCAUUCGAGGGACCUAACUCCCCCGUACGUCGAUGAUGGCUAUCUCGAGGUUGUUGGAUUCAGAGACGCAUGGCACGGUCUCGUCUUGUUCGCUCCAAAUGGCCACGGGACUCGCCUUGCUCAAGCAAACAGGAUUCGUUUCGAGUUCCACAAGGGCGCAGCCGAUCACACAUACAUGAGGAUCGAUGGCGAGCCAUGGAAGCAGCCCCUUCCCAUGGAUGACGACACUGUGGUGAUCGAAAUUUCACAUUUCGGACAAGUUGACAUCCUCGCUGCGGAAAAUCAGUGCCGGUCGAGAAGCAUCAACGCGCCGCAUCCACCUGCGGAGAAUGAAGGAUACAGCAGCAACGACGAUGCCGAGUUCGAAGAAGAAGAUGAGUCAUCGGAGGAGCGGAGGAAAUUUGGCGCGGCCGACACUUUUCGACUACCCGACGACAUUGACAUUUCGCGGCUCAGUUGAUCUGAUCCGUUCAAUGUUCAUUCUUGUACAAAGAAGAGUCGGAAGAGAAGUUAUAUACCUAGUUUGUAGAUUAUUAAGUUGAACUUAAAAUUCACUAAAUAGCGACUGUGAAUCGACAUAUUAUUCAACAAAAUGUUAUAUAAUGUGAAUGAAGAAAACUAAGAAAUGGUCACAAACUAUUAUUAUUACAGCAUCAA